CCUGUGAGCCAACAACAGCCCCAACUGCCAACUGCCGCGUUUCCUGGGCGACGGACGGGCCACGUGGCCCGACGUUGGGCCACGUUGGUCGGUCUGAGCCAUGGCAGACGAUCAGGAGAUGUGCCUCAUUUGCUAUGAGGACAUCUUCCAGAAGCCCAUUGCGGCUUUGUGCUGUGGCCAUGUCUACCAUAGGGAGUGCAUCACAGGAUGGCUGCGCGCCUCCAAACUCCCGGGCGACCAAGGCGAAUGCCCGCAGUGCAAACAGAGAACCGCGGUGGAUGAGAUGCGUCUUUUGGAGUACGACACGGUGGCGCCACUCCAGAGCUCCGUGGUUGAGCUGCUUGCGGAACGUUCCGGGACCUCUGAGCAGCGGCAGAGGACUCAGGUCGACUUAUGCCAGCAAUGGCAACAAACCAGCACAGAGCUCCCCAAAAGCAGAGAGGAACGCCUAGCUGCCGAGCUGGAGGCAGAGGAGUGCAAACUCCAGAGAAGGGGACUACAAGAGAAUAGCAACUUUGAAGAGGAAGAGCUCGCCGUUCUCCGGGAGGAGAGGCAGGAGAGGCAAUGCCGUUGUGCAGAGAUGCGCGCGCACCUGGAUAUUCAGAAUCAGAAACAUGGCAAGCUCAAGCUGCCGGUCUUGGCGCGCCAGGAGCAGGAAGCCUUAGAGGAGGAGCGUAGGAAGCUACGGCAGGUGGGGCCUCAUGAGCGCAGCCAGCUGCUGCACUCGGCGCUGGUGAGCGCCCUUCGGCAAGAGGCCGAUGCCCAGCGCCUCUCGUUGGACCGGCAGAAGGCGGCGGAGGAGGCGGAGUUGAUGAUGUCUAGACUUCGACAGGAGGUGGAGAAGCUGCGACAGCAGGUGGAGGUCAUGCAGGCCGUCGAGAGGACCUGUCAACGGAUGGAUGACCGGUCAGAGGCACGGCAGGUGUCCAAAGUGAAGGGCACCAGCCUCGCUGAAUUUAAACGUCAACUCAGCAGGAGCUACAGCAACCUGUCUAUUUCGAGCGAGUCGGCCAGUCCUUGGAAGUCCAACCGGGAUGAGCGGCCACCUUCCUCGCCAGAGAGUAUCCAUACUGCUGCUAGUGUGGACCAACGGCCGGUGGCAACGCCAAGUGGCUCCAAGCGGUCAAUGUUGUGGCGACCGGAAGAAGAAGAGGAGGACAUGGGCGUCUUCGAUCGCACGGCCAAGCGCCCGCGGAAGGCCCACGGCUUCGGCAAGGCCACGCGGCCGGAACGUUCCGCCAGCGGAACGCCAACGCCCACGGGUGGGGAGCCGCCCACGGGUCGAUUGCGAGUGGCACAGAAAAGCAACAGCUUGAAGGUACUCUUUGGAAAGCAGUGAGCCUUUCGAUUUAGGUCAAACCUCUUUGUUUUUUCCUCUAGAACAAUGCGCGUAAUUCGAUGCACAGUGAAUGGCAUAAGCGCCCAGCAACUGGUGGCAGCAGCUUUCAUGCCUUCGCAGAUUCCAGUGGACCCAGUAUACUGUAUACUCUACGACGCCCUUGAGGAGGAACCACGAGACACAGG